UCUUUUUCUUUUAUCUUUUAUCUUUCUAUUUCUGAAUCUUUUCCUUCAAAUCUCUUUGAAGUUUUCGUGGUUCUCUGAAUCAUGGAGAUGGAACAGUAUCAAUGAUUAUGCAGAAUCUCUCUUUCAGAUGGCACUCUGCUGGAACCUUUGACAAGGGCACAAAGACUAGUGGACCCUUCGGACAUUGCUAUUAGGCUUUUGGAGCCACUCAAGGCGGAGUUCCCUAUUUUGAGCUACGCCGAUUUCUACCCGGUGAUGAGUUUUUUGUCUUUGGUGUUUGUGCGCUUAAUGUUGUGUUUGUGUUGACACAGUUGGCUGGCGUUGUUGUCGUUGAGGUCACGGAUGGACCUGAAGUUCCAUUCCACCCUGGAAGAGAGCCAACCCAAAUAGGAAACCAACUCAACAUAACAACAAUGGGAGAAGUUACAUGUUUCCUUUUUCAAAUACUAGCACUUCGGAGGCUUAACAACAACUAUGCUCUCAACUUUGCAGUUGAUAGAUACACAUGCAACAUUUGUUAAUGCAAAUACCAUUCAACUACCUGUGUAUAUGAUCAUACUUGAUACUACAGAGAAAUUAUUUCUUUUGGAUAGGCAAUAAUGGUUGUUAUGACUACCAUUAAGAGUAUAUUGUUGUCACUGUUAUUUUUUUUGUUUGUUAUUUUCAUGCAAUUUAGGUGGAAAUGGAACUUACCAAAUAGUUUGGUCAGAAACAAAUUAAGUAUGUGAGAGUAUGUACCAUCAAUAUAGUCGCCAAUGUGGCUUUCAAUUUUUCUUCUUCUCUGUUUUCAAGGUCUUGCGAGAUGUGGAAAGAGUUGCAGAUUAAGGUGGCUGAAUUACCUAAGGCCAAACCUCAAAAGAGGAAACUACACCAAGGAAGAGGAGGAAACUAUUAUCAAGCUGCACCGACAUCUAGGUAACAGGUAUGCAACGGAGCAUAGAUGUGGAGUAGUUGUUAAAGGACCAAAUCUGAGUGGAAAUAUAUCAGGAACAGAGCCAUUGAAGGACAACCACAUACUUUUGAAAGCAGAAGCUUUAGAUGAUUCCCAUGAACCAAGUAACAUUGUUGUUGUUGUUAAUGAGUUGUCCAAGGAAAUAACAAAAAAUUUGGUUUCUCAUCCUGUGAAUGCUAAAUGUACUGCAGAAGGGAAGAGCAUAGCAAAUGUAGUCCUUUUAAGAGGUUGUGGCAUUCAAAUUGAGAGAAUCACUGAGGGACAGAACAAAGUGGUAAUUACUGAUAAAAUGUAGGCUAGGCUUCUAUCUUCAACAAAUCUGCCCAGCUUUACGAUUGCUAAGACCGUCUCUGAAGAAAAAAGGGAAGAAGAAGCAAACGGUCAUGUCCCUGAGUAAGGACAUUGUUCAAAUAACCAUUUGGCUUAGAAAGAAGUCAACAACCUUUUUCAUCCUGCUAUAUAUGUACAUGUUUAUUGUAUUCAUUUUAUCUUAUAUCUAUUAGAAGCUUUGUUUGUCCUAGUAAUCUGGCUUUGACCUUUGUCACAAUUUACCUAUAUGACAAAGUUUUUGUGUAGC